AUGGCUUCCAGAUUAGAAGAGGAUCUCUACUGUCCCAUCUGCCAUGAUGUCUUCAGAGAUCCUGUUCUUCUGUCAUGUAGCCACAAUUUCUGUAAAGACUGUGUGAAGAGCUGGUGGAAAGACAAAGAAGUAAAAGAGUGUCCACUUUGUAAGAGAAGAUCUUCAAAGUUCGAACCACCUUGUAACCUGGACUUAAAGAACCUGUGUGAGACCUUCUUACAGGAGAGAGAUCUUGGCUCUUCACAUGCUCUCUGCAGUCAGCACUCAAAGAAACUCAAAUUCUUCUGUCUGGACCAUCAGCCGCCAGUUUGUCUCGUCUGCAGAGAUUCAGAAAAACACACCAACCACAGAAUCAGAUCCAUCGAUGAAGCUGCACAACAAAACAAGAAGCAGCUUCAGGAAACUCUGGAGCCCUUGAAGGAGGAGUUACAGUGUUUUGAACGUGUUAAAGUAGAGUUCGAACAAACAGCAGAGCACAUUAAGGUCCAGGCCGGACUCACAGAGAUACAGAUCAAGGAGCAUGCUCAGAGUGAAAUAACCCUGGAGGGCAGACUGGGGGCGCUGCAGUGCCACUUCACCUGGGAUCUGGAGCCCGGCAGGAGCAAACUUUUGAGAAUCAAGGACAUGCUGCAGGACAUCCGCACAGAGGAAGGAUGCAAGUGGCGUGGACACAUUUACAACCUGCAGGGGUACGUCCACUUCAAGCUGGGGUCCAUUGAAGAAGCCAGGAGUUUCUUCAGCAGAGCAGCGGAGGCCUUCAGGAAGAUGAGAGGAGCAGAGGAGGGUCCCUGGUUGGUGGGGACCUACGGGAACCAGGCCUGGCUGCACCACCAUCAGGGAGAACAAGAAGAGAGUCGGGCUUGUCUGUCAAAGAUCGACGGCCUGUUGACUGAGGAUCCAUCACAGGACGAGCUGCACCAGGAGAUCUGCGCUGAAAAAGCCUGGACUCUGAUGAAGUUCAGCGGAGAACAGAAGCUUCUGGCAGCCGAUUACUUCCAGAGAGCCAUCCGGAUGCAGCCGGAUAUGGUGGAGUGGCAGACCAGCCACGUGUUAGCUAUAAAAUCUGCCAUCACACCAAGCAAAACAGGGGUCGAGGCAGACAUCAUGGAGAAGCUGAGAAAAGCCAAGGAACAGGAUCCAGAGAACCUGUACCUCGCUGCCGUUUACCUCCUGCAACUUGCUAAGAGAGGAGAAACAGACCAAAGUGGAGCACGUGAGUUAGCCACAAAGCUUCUGAGAAACCCUGUCAGCAGCUACAGUGGAAUCAAACCUUUGAUGUGGUUUAGGACCUACACCUCCUUGGACGAGGCUGUGGCUUUGGCAGAAGAAGCUCUAAAGCUACAUCCGGAAGAACGUUAUCUGAAAAGAUGUGUUUCACUCAGCUACAAAUGGAAGAUCUGGGAGAAGGACAGUGACCCAAGUCCGAGCCUGAUAGAGAAAGGCAUCCGUGCCUAUGAGGAUUUGCUUUCUCUUUAUCCUGAUUCCUCAUUUAUGAAGAGAAUGGACCUCGCAAGUUUUUACGCAAAGAGAGAGAACACCAAGGCCAAAUCUGAGAAGAUCUUUCAACAGCUGCUCGUAGAGGAUCUGGAACCUGCUGAACAACAAGCCUUCUUCAACAUCUACGCAAAACAUCUGUACUUCAUUCAACGGCAGCCUAACAUGUCAAUCCAGUAUCACAUGAAGGCGGCGGAGAUACCAAUCAAGUCUUUCUUUCAGGGGAACAGCAUCAAGCUUCUGGAGAAGAUCAGACACAGAGAGUGCAACCAAGAUGUAGACAGGUUUCUGUCACGGCUGAGAGAAUCUCCGAAAUAAAUCCACCAGAUAUCAUCCACACACAAUCUGAAUCUAUUUGCAUUCAUCUAAUUCAGGGGAAAGUAAAUCCACGUAUAUUUAUAGAUUCAGCUGUUGUGAACACCGUUGAUCACAUUUGAAUUCAGCUUGUAUUCGUACGGAGCCAGAUCACAA